ACAUAUGAACGCGUGAGCUAGUACAUUAUUAAUCACACUCAGCGUCCAACCUAAGCCGAGCAGAUCAAGUUUGUCAAGAAUGAGUUUCACCCAACUCCUGGUUUUUUUUGUGUUUGUUACGUGCUUCCACGAAGGGAUGGCUUUAAAAUGCCGAACCAGUGAACACCAUGCAAACGAUCAAUUCCAAAAAGUUAUGCAACGAUGCAAGGGUCGUGUACUUCAGGGCAAUCAACAUGCUGGUGAUGAUAGUUCAAAUUCAUCGGAGAAUGAGUCAGACUCGGAGGGCGAUUACGACGAUUCAUCAUCGGAAUCCAACGAGAAGGGAUUCGAUAGAACAAUGAUGACAGUUAGCCACUCCGUAACUACGAGCACCUACCCGAUGAGAAAUUCAAACCUCGAUAAUAGUGAACAUCAGAGGAGUAGGUCAGGUAUGCAUGAUCAAAACUCGGGCUCAACACGUCCUUACCCCUACCAGAAAAUGGCUAAUGAUGGCUACGGCGCUCCGGGUGUAAUGUUGAACGAUAAAUUCUUACGAAACACAACAUUGCCAGGUGGAAUCUCCAACAACAUGGCACACUUUGGACGCAAGAACAUGCAGCCGAAUCAGAAUGAUCAGGCCUGUGUCAUUCAGUGUUUCUUUGACGAGUUAAACUUGAUUGAUCAGAAAGGAUUUCCCGAAAAAUCUGCCGUCGUGAAGAUUAUGACGCAGGAUAUCCGCGACCCGGAGUUACAGGAUUUUAUCGAAGAAACUGUCCUGGAUUGUUUCGAGGUGAUCGAGAGAGAAAAAAUUAAACAGCCGUGCAAGUUUUCGCAAAGCCUUGUAAAUUGCUUGGCUAGUAAGGGGAAAGAGAAAUGUGAAGAUUGGGCGAACAUGCAAUAAUGGUUUCUAUAAUUCUGUAAGUUAUUCUGCACCACGUUUGGUAUUGUACGAGCACAAUCACAUUUUUGUGAUGGACCGACACAAAGUGUAAUUAUUGUUUUAUUUAGUUGAAUAUUAUACGCAAAGAUAUAGCUUUGUAUCAGACAUGUAUAAGGAAAUUGAUCUA